AUGGCGGCCGCGGCCGCGUCCAAGAGCGACGAUGGUCCGGCGGUAGGCAUCGACCUUGGUACGACCAACUCCUGCGUAUCCAUGUGGUGGAACGGCCGUGUUGAGGUCAUCGCCAACGAUCAGGGCGAGCGCCUCACGCCGUCCGUCGUCGCGUUCACCGGCAACAAGAUCCUCGUCGGCGACGCCGCCGUGAACCAGGCCGCCUCGAAUCCCACCAACACCAUCUUUGAAGUGAAGCGACUGAUCGGCCGCCGAUUCAGUGAGGACUCUGUGAAGAAUGACAUCACGCGGUGGCCUUUCAGAGUUGUUGCAGGACGCAAUGACCAUCCGAUGAUUGUGGUGCAUUACAAAGGCAAGGAGAGACAGUUCGCACCUGAGCAGAUAUUGGCGAUGGUGCUGAUCAAACUUAAGGAGACCGCUGAGGCGUACCUUGGCAGGACGGUCAAGAAUGCCGUCAUCACUGUGCCAGCUUAUUUCAACAACUCCCAGCGACAGGCCACCAUAGAUGCUGGCACCAUCGCAGGCCUGAAUGUCAUGCGCAUCAUCGUCGAGCCCACUGCUGCAGCCAUUGCCUAUGGUCUUUACAGGAUGCCCGUCAGCAGCAGAGGGAAGACGGUGCUCGUCUUUGAUCUUGGCGGGGGUACCUUGGAUGUCUCCCUCCUGAAUAUUGAUCCAGGCGUGGACCUUGAUAUGGCUCUGUUUGAUGUGAAAGCCAUUGCCGGUGACGCUCAUCUUGGAGGUUCGGAUUUUGACAACCACACGGUGGAUUACUUUGUUCGGAACUUCAUAAGUAAACACAAGACAAUGAACGACAUCAGAAGCAUCAGAAGCAACCGGAAGGCUAUGCAGCGGUUUAGGACUGCCUGUGAGGGUUCCAAGAGGAUGCUGUCUUCGAUGACACAGACCACCAUUGAGGUCGACGCUCUCCUUGGCGGCAUUGACUUCAAUGAGAUCAUCAGCCGCCGCAGCUUUGAGGAGCUCAACAAGGAACUCUUCCACAAGUGCUUGAAGACUCUUGAGAAAUGCUUCCGCGAUGCCAAGAUGGACAAAAGCAGCAUCGACGUCGUCGUCCUAGCAGGAGGUUCCACUCGCCUUACGAAGGUGCAGAACAUGCUCCGGGACUUCUUCGAUGGGACAGAGGUCUGCCAGUCGAUCAAUCCUGAGGAAGCCGUUGCCUAUGGAGCCGCCAUUGGCGCUGCCAAUCUCAGCAGCGAGUCUAAUGGUAAGAAGGCGCCGGACCUGCUGUUGCUGGACGUAACACCACUCUCUCUCGGAGUUGAGACUGACAAUGGUAACAUGACGGUGCUGAUCCCGAGGAACACCGCCUUUCCCACCAGAAAGGAGGAAGUCUUCACGACCCACUAUGACAAUCAGGACGAGGUGCUCGUCCAUGUGUAUGAGGGCGAAAGAGAGACUGCCAAGGGCAACAAUCUGCUCGGCAAGUUCGUGCUCGCUGGCAUCACCCCGGCGCCCGGUGGCGUGCCUGACAUCCAUGUCACCUUCGACAUCGAUGUGAACGGUAUCCUGAGCGUGUCAGCCGAGGACAAGACAACGGGGUCGAGGAACAGCAUCACCAUAACGAACGAAAAUGUCGGGCUGAGCAAGGAGGAGAUCGAAUGCAUGAUACGGGAGGCCGAGAAGUACAAGGGGACGUAG